AUUGACCAUUUGGUUUUGUUUUUCAAUGAACAAAUCGAACUUCUUGUCCAGGCAAAGCCAGUUCUAAACAGUGGGAAGGUCACACAAUUGUUAGAUCCAACCUUGGGCAACAAUUAUGAUCAUGACCAGAUGGAGAGGAUGGUUUUAGCAGCUAUUCUUUGUAUCAGGCGUGCCCCACGAGCUAGGCCUCAAAUGAAUCUUGUUCUGAAGCUCCUCCAAGGUGAUACUGAUGUAACUAAGUGGGCAAGACUACAAGUUAAUGCUUCAGAAGAAUCCGACAUGCUAGAUGAUGAAGCCUGCCCGCGUUCUAACCUUCAAUCCCAUCUUAAUCUCGCACUGCUCGACGUUGAGAAUGAUUCAUUCUCCAUGAGCAGCAUUGAGCAAAGUGUCUCAUUAGAGGACUACUUGCAAGGCAGGUGGAGCCGCUCAUCAAGCUUUGACUAACCACAUCACUGGCAACAACAAUUGCGAGUAUAAAUGGUUCACUUAUGUGAUUCUUUUGUACAUUCUUUUGGUUUCAACCCAACUCUCAGUUGGGGUUUUGCUUCUUCUCUGGAUUGCUUACCAAAUAAGGGUUGGAUGCGAGGUUGUUUGUCGGUGUGCCCUCCUCCUUUCCUUACUAGUCAUAAUAGUUGAUCUCAUUUGAUCAAGAGUUUGUUGUACGUUGUAACAAUGGAAAAUGAUUCACAUGUUAUAAAAGUGAGCACUUGAUGCAGAUAAAUUA